AAUGAUUCAGAUUCGGCGGUUCUUUUUGUUGAUCAGUUAAGGCAUAUGGACCAAAAGGUUCCUCCAAGACUCUUCUUUUUAGCAAAAUCCAUUAGUUCAACCCGGAGUGACAAUGUGACUUCUGAUGCUCAUAGUCCUGCUGUCAUCAUGAAACCUCUAAGGGCUAGUAUGGUGGCCGCUUGUCUACAGCGAACCAUGGGUAACAUGGGGAACAAGGGAAAUUGCCGCAACGGCGAAGUCUCUAGGUUAUCUCUGCAGCAUCUUCUCCUAGGAAGAAAAAUUCUAAUCGUAGAUGACAAUAAGGUGAAUCUUAAAGUGGCUGCGGGUGCAUUGAAAAGAUACGGAGCUGAAAGUGGGAAAGAGGCGAUUAGUUUGCUUACACCACCACACAGCUUCUAUGCUUGCUUCAUGGAUAUCCAGAUGCCGGGAAUGGAUGGGUUUGAAGCUACGAAAACAAUCCGAGACAUGGAAAAAAAUGUCAACCGGAAAAUCCAACUUGGGGAAGUAUCUGCAGAAGCACAAGGAAACGUCUUGAAUUGGCAUGUGCCCAUCUUGGCCAUGCCGGCGGACGUGAGUCAUGCGACUCACGAACAGUGCAUGAAGUGUGAAAUGGAUGGAUAUGUUUUGAAGCCUUUCGAAGCAGAACAACUUUAUCGGGAAGUUUCGUGAUUUUCCUAAUCAGCACGGAGUCGGAAACUGUAAAGGUGACUCCAUUGCAGGUCGCUGAAUCCAU